AUGGAGAGUCAGGGGAAGGAAUGUCCAAAGCACAAUGCUUUGGAAUCCCCCCGUUGCUUCCAUGGAACUCCUGCGUCUCGUACAGACGGCUUGGAAAACGGGAGUAGCGAACGGAGUCCAACAGACCGCCGACAGGAAGACGCCUCUAUUGGCCAUUACGAGACCGAGGGUUUGGGGGAGCCGUCGUCUACUGGUGCCCGACAAGGUUUGGGUGGUCGUCAUCGCCGGAAGCGACGUUAUGUUCCCAUCGCGACGAACGAUGGUACCUGGUCUUCUGCACCACUGUGCAUGAAGAUUUUGACCGUCGUUACGAUCGCUCUGGCGGUGGACGUGGUCAUUCUCAUGGUGUAUAUUUUCGAGGCGAAACCUCUCCACACGUACGGCGUUUCCGAGCACGGAGAUGGUGCUAAUUCCACAACAAACGCAUGGACGAUCACCGAUACAGACAAUUCAGGAAUACCCUUCAUUCCUUGGAAAGCUUUGCCGCCCACGGAACAAACCUUGACUCGUAUCGCUUUUGGUUCGUGUGCUAGUCAGCAUAUGCCUCAGCCGUACUGGGACGUCCUGGUAUCGUAUCAGCCUGACAUAACGCUACUCAUGGGUGAUAACGUCUACGGAGAUUGCGACGAAGACACUUGCGCGGUACUGCAACAAGCCUAUCGGGAUUUUGCUACGCAUCCGUCGGUACAAGGAGCCGCACGACAACUCUCCGUUUGGGCUACGCUGGACGAUCACGAUUACGGCGCCAACGAUGCCAACGCCAACAACGUCCACAAAGACUUGGCACGGCAACUAUUUGCCGACUUUUUUCAGUACCACGACUUGCCUCCCGAUGGAGUGUACCAGGCAAAGGUUUGGGGACUGCAGGAUGGUCGCAGACUCCAGCUUAUACUACUGGAUACGCGGUACAGCCGUGGUCUCUUUGAACAAAGUCACGAGGAAAUGACACCGUACCGACCCAGUGGCGCAAACGCAUCGGAACAAGUCAUGCUGGGUGCUCGGCAAUGGCAAUGGCUGGAAGAAACACUGGCGCAACCAGCGGACUUACGACUGCUCGUCAGCUCCAUUCAAGUCCUAAACGACGGAACGGGCGAAGAAGCGUGGCGUCAACUUCCACUGGAGCGACAACGACUGUACGAAUUGCUGCAAAACAAGUCUACUGUAAUUCUUUCUGGAGACCGUCAUGUGGGUGGCUUUUACGAAACACCUCUAAUGUACGGAGAUGUUUUGCGCGAAGUCACGGCCUCCUCAUGGACGCAUUCCGUCGCUUUGGCAGGCGAUCGGAACUGUGUCGAUACAUUGACGGCUUUGGAAUGUGACGAAAUUGAUCCCCGACGCGUCGGCUCUUUUGUAAGGGAGAACAAUUUUGGGACCAUUGAAAUUGACUGGGAAUCCCGUUUAUUUACGGUCUCCUUGCGAAGGGCCGAAAGCACGAACGGAAUCGUGUAUCUGGAUCCUACUCGUCACCACAACAAAACCAGCGAUGCGGGAACAAUUUUAUCAUCACAAGUUCACAGCUUUUAACACAAUUCACAUUUUUAAGUUUUCGAAUGUGCUACAAU